AUGCCGCGCGCACCGCCGACGCCGACGCCGCGACGGCCCACAAAGACGGCGACGACGCCCACGCACAAGUCCACCACGCGCGAGCGCGGCGUGGCGACGUUCGACGACGCGACGCGGAAGGAUUGGGUGAAUGGAUUCCGAAAACGAAAAACACAACGACGGAAACGCGCGGCGCACGACGCGGAGACGCGCGCGCGACGAGAGCGCGUGCGCGAGCGAGCGACGCGUCGAGCGGCGGAGCGCGCGGCGCUGGGCAUCGCGGAGGACGAGGGCGAGGACGGGGCGACGGCGACGCGCGACGGCGACGCGGCGGAGGAGACGACGUACGCGAGCGGCGCCUCCGUCGUCGUCGCCCACGGGCUCGCGGACGCGGAGGCGGAGGACACGUAG